AUGGAAGCACAUAUGCCUGACUUUUCUCUACCCUCCUCACACCCAGCUCGCAAUGGACAGAAGACAGCAAAAUCAGCAAGGGACUCUUUUUCAGCCUACAAUAGCAAAUACCUGACUGUUCCUCAGAAUCGGACUUCCUGGCGCAGAAGCGGGACCAAUGGAACUCUUGAAGCAUCAGUGGUGUCCUACAGAAGUUCUAUUAUCAACAACUAUGUGGAAGGGACCCAGACAGGGGCGAGGGACAAGGCCUCCCCGAGUGGCCUGCACUUCAGGGACAGCAAGAGAAAGGUCGACUACGUCUUGGCCUACCACUACCGCAAACGCCUGGCCCGCCAUGUGCCUGGUGCCGCCUCCCCGGAGCCGAGGUGUGGAUCUGCCUCCGUGGCCCUGGUUUCAAAUGGAAGCACUGGGAAGGGUCGUGCUGAGCCCCAGCAGCAGCAGCAGCAGGACGAUAGCCAGCGUGCCCUGCAGGAGUGGCCAGGGCUGCCUGGCCUGGAGGUGGUGGAGCUCAGCCCGCUGGACACCCUGGAGGAGGAGAGGCGGCUGCAGCGGGAGGAGUACGAACGCAACCUGCUGGAGGCGGGGCUGGAGAUCGAGAAAGACCCUGAGAACAAGAGCCAAGGAGUUAGUUUUGUCCGUAUACACGCGCCUUGGCAAGUCCUCAGUCGAGAAGCAGAACUCCUUAAAAUAAAAAUGCCCACUAAAAAGAUGUAUGAAAUCACAGAAGAAAAAGGAAUACUCAAAACGUUAAAUGAAAUAUGGUGCAAAUUCACUGAACCUCUGCAACCCCAGGUGCCACAGCAAGAAAAUACCAAGAUGAAAACCUUGUCCUACCCAUUUUCCCGAGAGAAAAUAUAUUUGUAUAACAUCAAAGACAAAGAUACCUUUUUUGACAAUGCAACCCGCAGCCGAAUAGUGAGGGAAAUUUUGAAGCGCACAUCCACAAAGACCAGAAACAGCAUGGGCAUUGGCACGUUAAUAGCAAACAAUGUUUAUGAUGCAGCCUACCCACUUCAUGAUGGUGAAUAUGAAGGCCAAAAUGAUGACACGAAUGAAAGAAAGCUGCUGUAUCAAGAAUGGGCAAGAUAUGGAGUGUUUUACAAGUUUCAGCCUAUUGAUCUCAUAAGGAAGUAUUUUGGAGAAAAGAUAGGACUUUAUUUUGCAUGGCUGGGUUUAUACACAGAAUUCCUUAUUCCAUCUUCAGUAGUUGGGAUUAUUGUAUUUCUGUAUGGAUGUAUAACCAUCGAAAGUGACAUUCCUAGCAAAGAGAUGUGUGACCAACGCAAUGCCUUCACCAUGUGCCCCCUGUGUGACAAGUUCUGUGAUUACUGGAACCUCAGCUCUGCCUGUGCCACUGCUCGAGCGAGUCACUUGUUUGACAACCCUGCCACAGUUUUCUUCUCCAUCUUUAUGGCUCUCUGGGCUACCAUGUUCCUUGAACAAUGGAAGCGUUUGCAGAUGAGAUUGAGUUACUUCUGGGAUCUAACUGGACUGGAAGAAGAAGAGGAGCAUCCCAGGCCAGAGUAUGAAGCCAAACUGCUGCAGAAAAAGCUGGAAAAUAAAAACAUUACAACAGAAAAUUCAAACGAGAAUGAAAAGGAGAAACUGACAUGGAGUGACCGCAUGCCUGGAUAUGCAGUGAACUUUGGACUGAUUCUAUUCAUGAUCAUGCUGGCGUUUUCAGCAGUGUUUGGUGUCAUCGUGUACCGAAUCACGACAGCAGCAGCCUUGUCCUUCAGCACAAACGAGACAACCAGGUCCAAUGUUCGAGUGACUGUGACUGCCACUGCUGUCAUCAUUAACCUUGUGGUAGUCCUCAUCCUUGAUGAAAUUUAUGGAGCUGUGGCCAAAUGGCUGACAGAAAUUGAAAUACCAAAAACAGAGAAAACUUUUGAGGAAAGACUAAUUUUGAAGGCAUUCCUACUAAAGUUUGUGAAUUCUUAUGCAUCAAUUUUUUAUGUUGCCUUUUUUAAAGGAAGGUUUGUUGGCCGUCCUGGUCAUUAUGUGUAUGUGUUUGAAGGUUACAGGAUGGAAGAGUGUGCUCCAGGAGGGUGUCUGAUGGAACUCUGCAUUCAGCUGAGCAUCAUCAUGCUUGGAAAGCAACUGAUUCAAAACAAUCUCUUUGAAAUUGGAAUCCCGAAGCUCAAGAAACUCUUUAGGAAGCUGAAGGAUGAAAGAACUGAGGUAAAGGAAAUUGGCACCGACCAAUCCAAGGACCCUCAGCAAUGGGAUCUUGACUACAUCUUGGAACCUUUCACUGGGCUGACUCCAGAAUAUAUGGAAAUGAUUAUCCAGUUUGGCUUUGUCACACUCUUUGUUGCCUCCUUCCCUCUGGCCCCUGUCUUUGCUCUUCUGAACAACAUCAUCGAGGUUCGUCUUGAUGCAAAAAAAUUUGUUACUGAGCUGAGGAGGCCAGACACAGUGAGAGAAAAAGAUAUAGGUAUUUGGUAUAACAUCUUGAGUGGUAUUGGAAAGCUUUCAGUGAUUAUUAAUGCUUUUGUCAUUGCUGUCACCUCCGAUUUCAUCCCACGCCUUAUGUAUCAAUAUGCAUACAGCCAGAAUGGAACCAUGCAUGGCUUCAUCAAUCACACCCUCUCAUACUUCAAUGUCAGCCAGCUCAAGGCUGGGACACAGCCAGAAAACUCCCUGUUUGCACAGGAGGUUUCAUUCUGCAGGUUCAAAGACUACAGAGAACCACCUUGGUCCCCACACCAGUACGAGUUUUCUAAGCAGUACUGGGCGGUCUUGUCUGCUCGCUUGGCUUUUGUGAUUCUAUUUCAGAACCUGGUGAUGUUCCUCAGUGUUCUGGUUGACUGGAUGAUCCCUGACAUCCCCAAGGACAUCAGUGAACAGAUCAAAAAGGAGAAGACCGUGCUUGUUGACUUCUUCCUGAAGGAAGAGCACAAAAAGCUGAAGCUGCUGGAAAGCUUUAUUGCACACGACAAGCGGAAGCACAGGACCGGGACCAAAAGCAGAAGGACCAGGGCUGCCAGCUUCUCCCAGUGUCACUGCAGCCCCAAGGGCAGCUUCACUUCCUUCAGCUCACAGCACACCGUGGUGUGA